AUGGAGUUGUACGACGAGCAAAGAGCGAAACGCUACUCCUACAAAUCGAAAGAGUGGGACGAAAGUGAAGACAAAGUGGGGUCUAAGAUGGCGGAACUGAUUAAGACCAAAGAGGAGCUCAAGAAAGCUAAAGAGAGCGCCAUGCAGGCGUGGAUAGACUCCAGGCCUCUGACUGAUGAGCUUGAGCUGCUGAAAUGCGGCCUUGAAAUUGCUGAGAAACGAUGUGACACGCCCAGUAUCAUCUCGAACCUUGAAGCACAGCUUGAGACGACAAUCCAGAGCAUCAAAUCCAAAAAGGAGGAACGACACAAGGCGACGGGGAUGGUCAAUGAAAUAAAUCAGGCGUUGGAUCAAACGCGUCAAGAGACGGAAAGGUUUAAGUACGAUGCAGAUGAAGAAUUACAAGCAAGAUCAAGAUUGAAGCAAGCCCUUCAUCUGAGGAGACAGACUCUGCGAACACUGCAACUUGGACUUGAAGCUGUACGAAUAGAAAAAGACGCGCUUGGUGCAUCGAAAGCAGUAGCACUUAGAUACAUAAACUGUUCAAAAAUGGAGAAAACCACCGUCCGCCUCACUCAGGAAGAGUACCAUGCCUUGGCAAAAAGAGCUCAAGAUGAAAAUUCUCUUUCAGACUGGCGUGUUUUGGUUGCAUCAGAACAGAAGCUUGCAACAGAGGCAAGCAGAAACAAAGCUUUGGAAAAAUUGAACAGAUUACUCUCGGAGAAAUUUUCAAGAGAAAGGGAAAUUGAAGAAGAAAGUAUAAGUGGAGAUGGACACAAUGGAGAUCCAAGAAUCAGGACGGGAGGCCAAGUGAACGCCAGAGAGAAUACACUCCCUCAAGCUCAGAACAAGGCAAUGGCCAAGACAAAUCAGAGAAACCGAAGAUCUAGAAGCAUCAACAAUAAAAAGUUAUCUGCAAACAACAAACCAUCUGUAUUGCAAAAAAUGAGACAAUUUUUUUUAAGGAUAAAAGGGCUGUUUGGAUGA